ACUUGGCUCCCUAUUCCCUCACCGCGCGGGCCUUCUGGGGCUCAGCCACCGCCUCCUUCUCCUCAGGCCGAGGUGCUCGAGCUCCCUUCCGCCGAGCAGGGGGCGAAAGGGAAGGUGGAGGAGGUGGGCAGACAGCAGCCUGAAAUCUGGAUUGAGAAGCAAGUUAAGACUGAAAAACAAGCACUGCAUUGAUGACUUAGGGAGACCUUGAAGGACACACUGUUUUGCUAAGCUACAUUUUUGCAAGCUGUUCAAGGCACAAUGAAGUACCCAUUAUGUUUUUGAAACAUUAACGGUUUUGACUUUUGCUAUCAGCCAUGUUUUUUUGUUGAUGUUCAUGGAUUUUAUUGUUGUGAUAACAGAAAAAUGCAAGACCAGAAUUUAGUGGAAAUACAUAGUGGUGCGGAAGUUUCAAGCCAGUCAAUUUUGAAACCUCUGUCAACAGAGACGGGUGCCACCUCUCUCAGUGAAAACAGCAGUGGAACUGAUGUACGUUGUCUAAACCAAAAUGGAAAUUUUGAUGAAAGCUCAGAACUGGAAAUGAUUCAGAAAAGCCUUCCUGUCGAGUGUGGUGACAAAAAGGUUUAUGAAGCAUCGCUGGAGAGUCCUGACACCAGCUUGGUGGAAUCCAGCAGUACUUGGGGUGACUUUGAAGGUUUCAGUGAGGUCAAGCAGGAAAAUUUAAGCAACACCUUGGAGUCUUUGGAGAAGCCAAAUGGAAAACAAACUUACACAAAUGAUGCGGAUGUCAGUGACAGCUGCCUCACUACCUCAUGCAGACAGGUCUUUUCCAAAACAACUGGACACAACAGAAAAGAAACAUUUGCUAACACUUCAGUGAAGGCUGUCCUCAGCUCUGAAGAUAUUAUUAAACUGAGUUUUCCAGAAGUUGCUGUACCACAGUUCUUGGAGAAAAUUAGCAGCUUGGAUCAAGUACUUUAUACAAAAACAGAAGACACAAACAUUCCUGAAUGUACAACGAAACAACUUUGCACUGACUCUGGGAACUUAUGGAAAACUCUUACUCAAUCCACUAACUCUUCCAGUUUAAGACGUCCUUGGAACAAAUCUCAUUACCACGAAAACCUUCUAGCUGUGCUUGGAAUAGAUGCUCAUCAAAAGGCUGUUCCAGAAGGCAAGAAUGAUAUUUUGGAGACUAGCAUUAGCGAAAAUGAAGAUUCCAAUGUUGACAAGUUCAACAUUAGCACUUGUAAAGCACUAAUUCAAACCAAGCUUUCUGUAUCUCCUGCUCCAAAACAGAGCCAUCUCUUUUCCUAUAACCUUUUCUUGAAGAAGACCCCAUCUGGUGGAAAUAUGCAAUAUAUCACAGUUCCACAGAAGAAGAGGAUUUUUACUACACGAAGCCUAAAGAUGAAAAUGUUCAGCAGCAAUGUUUGCUAAUAACCAACAUAUUUCUGUUGUUUUGAUCAUUUUUUUAAAAAAAGCUUAUAUUGUAUUAUUAAUUUAAAAUGAAGAGCUUCAGGAGGAAGAAAAUAAAACCUUAAGCUGUGUAUUUAAUUUCAGUCCACCAUCAGGGAUGUGAGUAAAUGAACUGGGUUGGUCCAUUCCAACUCUAUAAUUCUACGAUUUUAUGUUCCUUUGCCAGGAACUGCAGGCAAAUCAUAUUACAUUUUAUGGUAAACUAGCUAGAAUUGAGCUGUUAUAAACAAAGGAUGGGUUGUGCUCUGCUAACUCAAUCCUGCCAUUAUCUUUUAAGCAUUAAUGGCAUUUGUCAAACUUUUUAAACUAUGCCCCCAAAUUAAAAUGUGUGUUGUUUGUGUGCCUUUUAA